AUACGGAAAAGGUUAUUGCGCAUGCGGAAAGAAUGACUUGGGUAUCACCCAAAGUUGGAAUACCUGGAAUUUAUUUUGACAUUUCACGAAUAUUUGCGCUUGUCUUUUUGACGAUGAUACUACUCUUCAUACCACAGAGAUGAUGAAGAAGAUUACGUUUAAGGGAAUGAGGCAAUCGUUUCAACGCCGACAGCGAAAUCAAGGUGUGAAGGAAGAGACUACGGAUGGUGAGAACAGCGGUGAUAAACAUGGUGACUCACAAACUCUGUCACAACAAAACUAUGCAGACACAGAAAAUACAACGACGGAAGGCAGAAAAAAGGAGAAGUUUGGUAUUCUUAAAAGCUUCAAGAGGAGGCUUACAACAAAUCUGAAGAAAAAGGGCGAUGAAGGCGACAAUGGUCGUAACAUACUUGAGGACUUGGAAUGUGGACAUUACAUGUCUGCGGGGGUGAAGGGUGAAGGAAAUAGAGGGGGUAAGUUGAAGAGCAAGAGGAAACCGGCUCUGUGUGACAUACCCUCAAAAUCCAACUCUUCAUCUCACAGCUACGACAGCCUCGAUCUUAAUAUCUUACCCAACAAUCUACAGAAACUGACAGAUCUCCAAUCAAAUACAGAUUCCGGUGAAUUGUGUUCAAAAAAGGAGAAAGCCAGCUGUCGUUCUAAAGAUAUUAUGAAAUUUCAUACAACAGAGAGAAUAAAAAGUGGUAGAAAUAGCCAAAAAGAUUGUGUUCAUGUUCUUCAGUUGGAUUUAAUGUCGAAAAAUAACUGUGAUGUCAAUUCAAUCAGUAGAAACAGCUGUCUCAAUGUAAGUGCGUUAGUGUCAUAUCAGGACCCGAGACUCAUGGCGGAUCUUGCUAAUUGUCAAUCUCAUGAUUCCAUUGAAUCUGACUUGCUAGACAUGGAUGAACCUCCAAAGGUUUGGAGUCUUACGCAAGAAUUGUUUAGGCUUUCUAAGUUUGGUUGGUAUUGGGGGCCUAUAACACGUGUGGAAGCAGAAGAUAAACUUGCUAACCAACCAGAUGGUGCUUUCCUUGUUCGUGAUAGUUCGGAUGAACGGUACUUGUUGAGUCUCAGCUUCAGAUCCUACGGACGGACUUGGCAUACACGCAUUGAGCAUUGCAAUGGUAUGUUCAGUUUCUAUGCUCAACCAGACACUGAGGGUUAUCCCUCUAUUGUUGAUCUAAUUGAGCACUCCAUGAACGAUUCUCAGACUGGGAUAUUUUGUUAUUCCCGUUCAAGAUCCCCCAGGGCUCCGUCAUUCCCGGUGAGACUCACAAAACCAAUGUCCAGGUUUACCCAAGUGCGAUCAUUACAGUAUCUGUGUAGAUUUGUAAUCAGACAGUACACUCGCUAUGAUCAUAUCCAGCAUCUUCCAUUACCAAGCAGAAUAAAGGGCUGGAUUGAGGAGAAUCAGUACUAACUGCAGCAAUCAUCAACUUUAUCGAGUGCUCUCAUGAUGCGACAAUUUUCAAAUAUGGCAUUAUUUUGGCAAAUACAGUUUUCAACGUUUGAAUUCCUUUGAUUUAUGAAAUGAACAAAGUUCAUGUUUAGGUUGUAUAUGUCAAUAUCUUCUUUCAAGUAAGAUAAUGUAAAAAUUAUUGCAAUCUCGCAGUCCUUAUUUCUUAAUAUUGAAAUAUGCUGUACAUCUAUGUUUUAACUUUCAGGUUCUGCUCCACAAUCUUGAGUGCUUCUCAAAUUUUAUGAUGGCUGGUUUUCUAUUUACAUUUUUUCUUUAUUUCACUUUUCCUGUUAUAUUUUAGGCUUUAUCAUCAAUAGCUUUUAUAUAGUUCUUACAUCCUCGUACUGCCAUUAUAUGCAAAUUGUGUAACAAAACACUUGAUGAGAUUUAUAUAUUCAUUUCAUUUCAUGGAUUUUUACAUUGAAAUACAAGAAAUGUCAAAUUUUA